AUGCUUUAUGGACAACCAGAGGCUAUCGUCAACUCGUUGAUAGGGAAAAUCAACGCACUUCCCCCACUGCGGGAAGAUAAGCAGGAAACAAUCGUAGACUCUGCUGUGAACGUGCAGAAUUUCUGUGCAACAGUUGACGCCUGCGGUAUUGCAGACUAUAUGUAUAACAUUUCUCUGCUACACCAACUUGUUAGCAAGCUUCCGCCGACCAUCAAGUUGGAUUGGGCGCGAUACCGGCUGACUCUGUCUACUGUCAAUCUAGCGACGUUUGGAGAUUGGGUGUACUCAUUGGCGGAGGCAGCCAGUGCAAUAACUAUCCCAUCGGUUAUGAUGGAGUCCAAGCCAGCACGUUUCGAGGCUAGAGCGACUAAAAGGGAAAGUGCCUACCUUAAUGCCCAUGCCGAAACGUCACACCAAGCUUCUGCAUCCCUGCACACACUUCAGUCCAGUGCAAAUGUGAAACGAUCGUUCGAUAAUAGUUGCCCCAUCUGCAAAGGUAGCUGUAACGCAGUCGCCAAAUGUAAGCGCUUUCAGGAGCUGUCCCGGGAUUCACGAUGGGCCGCAGUGCGAGAAUUCGAUUUAUGUCGCAGAUGUCUCCGCAAACACGUUAGGGACGGCUGCACUGCUAAACUAUGCGGAAAAAACGGUUGUACGCGGAUGCAUCAUGAACUACUGCACAACGAUCAAAAGGACGAUUCGCCUGCCACGAUUACAUCGCCGGAGUUGCCUACGGAGAAGCAGAGUGGUGAACCAUCCCAUGGAUGUAACAUACAUCAUUCCAACUCUAGUGCCGUGUUGUUCCGAUACCUUCCGGUUGUGUUACACGGCAAACACCGGUCGAUUCGUACGUAUGCUUUCUUCGACGAGGGGUCAGAGUUAACACUACUCGACCAGGAACUUUCAGAAGAGUUGAUGCUGGAAGGAAAUGUGCAACCGUUGUGUCUGAGAUGGACCGGAGGCUCCCAACGAAAUGAGACGAACUCCCGAGUCGUCAGCCUGGAAGUAUCAGGAAUACAAAAUUCUGCCAAAAAAUUCAAGCUCAACAGCGUGCGCACUGUUGAAAGCCUACUUUUACCGCACCAAACGCUCGACACGGAGGAAUUGGCGCAACUCUACCCGCAUAUCCGCGGACUGCCCAUUGAAUCAUAUAGCGACGCAAGACCACGUAUACUGAUCGGAAUGAAGCACCUAGGAGUCAGUGUAGUGCUUAAGACCAAAGAGGAUGGAUACGAUGAACCAAUUGCAGUAAAAACACGGCUAGGAUGGACCGUUUGUGGCGGAUGGAAGCUGCAUGAAACCCUUGCUGCUGGACAAUGUGCGUUUCAUGUGUGUGUAGAUGCAGAACACUCCGACGAGAACUUGCAUCAAGCCGUGAAGGCUUAUUUCGCAAUGGAUAGCCUAGGCAUCACAAAAUCCGACAAGGUUAUUCUAUCUUCCGAAGAUCAACGUGCUGAGAAUAUCUUGAAGUCUCGUACCCAACUUGUUGGCAAUCGCUAUGAAACUGGUCUACUUUGGCGCUACGAAGAUAUCCGUCUACCUGAUAGCCGUGAAAUGGCUCUUCGUCGACACCAAAGCCUUAUUACACGAAUGGACAAAGACCCGUUCUUAGCGGAGGCACUCCAACAGAUGAUUUCCGACUACGUUGCGAAAGGGUAUGCAAGGAAACUUAGCGACGACGAACUCAAACAAACGUUUCCGCGCGUCUGGUAUCUUCCAGUGUUCCCGGUAACAAACCCGAAUAAGCCCGGAAAAGUGCGAUUGGUUUGGGACGCAGCGGCCAAAAGUUUCGGGAUCUCAUUGAACUCCGUUCUGCUAAAAGGAACAGAUUACCUUUGCUCGUUAUUUGCUAUCCUGCUUCAAUUUCGAGAAGGGCGAAUAGGUCUAGCUGGGGACGUGCGCGAGAUGUUCCACCAGAUACGUAUCCGUGACGAAGACCAACAGUGCCAGCGCUUUUUCUGGACCGACAAGGACGGAAAUUUGGCGACCUACGUCAUGAGCGUGAUGACGUUCGGUGCCUGCUGUUCGCCUAGCAGCGCGCAGUAUGCGAUGACUUUGAACGCUGAACGAUUUUCUCACGAGUUUCCUACAGCGGCGAAGGUUAUAAUAAAGCGACACUACGUUGAUGACAUGCUGGUUAGCACUAAUUCGGAACAAGAUGCCAUUCGUAUUGCAGAGGGCGUGCACUAUGUACACUCUCGAGGUGGUUUUGAAAUCCGCAACUGGAUCAGUAAUUCCAAACGGGUCUUGGGGUGUUUAAAACAAGAUAAGACCCACGAGAAAAAUCUGGAUCUCUCGCCCGAAUUGUCCACCGAGAAAGUGCUUGGGAUGUGGUGGUGUACGGAAAAGGAUGUUUUCACUUACAAGGUUGGAUGGAACCGUUAUGACAGCGCCUUAUUGUCAGGUCAACGAUGCCCCACGAAACGUGAGGUCCUCCGUGUGCUUAUGACGAUCUUCGAUCCCCUUGGUUUGAUCGCUCACUACCUUAUGUAUCUUAAAGUUCUGCUGCAGGAUAUCUGGCGUUCCGGUACCCAAUGGGACGAAGAAAUCAAUGACGAUUCGUACAACAAAUGGAAAAUUUGGUUAGCAGUCCUUCCGCAAGUCGAGCACGUUCAGGUUUCACGUUGCUAUCAACUACGUACACCUCCAGUUGAUAGCGUGGAAUCUUCAUGUUUCAGGAUUGAUCACUCAACUUUAAGCUGUGCCAACCAACCUCGGAACAUCAAUCCAUCAAUCCAAAACGACAAUGGACAAACACGGUCUUCGAAGGAUGCCGUCGAAGUACAACUGCAUACUUUCGUAGAUGCUAGUGAGAAUGGGAUGGCGGCCGCAGUGUACCUCCGUUUCAUGCAUGCUGGAGAAGUUGAAUGCCGCCUCGUAGCAGCCAAAACCAAAGUGGCUCCAUUGAAGUACCACUCUAUCCCUAGGCUGGAGCUUCAGGCGGCUGUAAUUGGUGCUAGGCUUGCUCAAUCAAUCGAAGAGACACUUUCUAUACCAAUCAACAGGCGUAUUUACUGGUCAGACUCCAGAGAUGUGCUGUGCUGGAUACGCUCAGAUCAUCGCAGAUACUCGCAAUUCGUCGCCUGCCGUGUAAGUGAGAUUCUUGAAACUACCGAUGAAAGGGAAUGGCGAUGGAUCCCAACCAAGCUUAACGUUGCAGACGACGGAACUAAGUGGACGAGACAGCCAGAUCUAACUCCAGAAGCAAGGUGGUUCAAUGGUACCGAGUUUCUGAAAUGCCCAGAAGUCGAUUGGCCACAUUCAACGAUUGUGACUAACGCUACCGAGACCGAGCUCCGUCACCGUUUACUAUUUCACCACAUUGAACCAACACCAAUCAUAAGCGUCGUCGAUUUCUCUAGCUGGAAGCGAUUAGUCCGUGUAGUUGCACUUGUCCAGCGUUUUCUGGCUAACUGCCGCCGCAAACUACAACGCGAGCGAAUCCGCACAGCACCACUUUCCAUGAAAGAACAACGUGGUGCCGAGGAGUAUAUCCUGCGUCUUACUCAGCGUGAAGCGUUUCCCGUAGAAGUGAAUUUACUUAAUGAGUGCCCUCAAAAACCACUUCCCAAAGUGAGCCAACUGUACCAACUGACACCAUGGUGCGGAUGCGAAGUAGGAUUGCUGCUUGCGAUUUCGCUACGGAGGAUGCUAAAAGUCCAAUACUUCUUUCUCGUAAUCACCACAUAA